CUUAUGAACUCUUUAAUGAAGUUACACAUGCACAAAGUGAUUCAAAAUAUAAAGAUUAUGCAAAAUAUCAUUUAGCACUACAUUAUAAAGAUAUUAAAAAUUAUAAGAAUGUCUAUGAUCUCUUUAAUCAAGUUGCAAAAAGUAAUUCAAGAUAUAAUAAUGAUGCAAAAUAUAUGUUGGCAAAAUGCUAUGAAUCUGGUCAAG